UGGAUCGACGACUGUGUCAUGACGGUAAAGCAUCAUCAGAUUACAUUUGAAUACAUUUUGAGUCGAGAGGAAAGUAAGCCCAUGUUUUCCGAAUACGAGACAUCGAAUACCACAUCGACGAGCCUCACCGAGGAGUUCAUCAAGGCGCUGCGUCUCCUCCACUCGACCGAGGCCGGAAGUGCUGAGGAACUUCGCGGACUAUUGCUUACAUCGAUCGUGAAACGAUAUGGAUCGACAAGAACGACCCUCGACAGGCCCCUGGAAUCGGAAUUUCAGGACCAGGAGGAGCUGAAAGAAGAACCCGGGCGGAGCUACUUCGCUAACGUCGCUGGAAACGACGAGGAUGAUAAGGACGAGGUCCCUAGGAUUUCUAUUCCCGAUGAGGGCCAAAACGACAGCACCGUCUGCAAGGUAUGUAAUGUCUCGGAAUUCGGUCCACUGAUACUACUUCAAUGUCAAGAGUGUCGAGAGCUUUAUCAUCCACUCUGUCAUCAGCCACCAAUAACUGACGUAGACGUUCACAAACUCGAUUUUCUUUGGUGGUGUAUGGAAUGCGAACGAAAAGCAUCGCUACAAAGCAACGCAACAAAAGAUGAAAUUUUGUGCAAUUCAACGUGGAUUCACGGCAACUAAAUAAAUUAAGCAGCCAAUGAAACGAUUAAAAAUGAAAAAUGAAAA